UCGGUCAUGUGGAACGGUUGUCGUCCUGAAUUCCACAUAAAUAAGCCUUGUUUGUUUAUAUCUGUUACACAUUAUUGGAGAGCUUUUGCGAAAUCAACUUAUCACUAUUCUCUGUGGGGAAAAAAUGGAUGCCACUACUAUUCUGAGUAACGACUUUGGAUAUGUGGUGUUGGUGAUCAUCUUUUCUAUAUUCAUGUCCUGGUGGGUAGGAUACCAGGUCGUUAAAGCGCGAGAAAAAUUUAACGUGCACUACCCUAAAAUGUACGGAGAAGAUGAUCGUUUUAAUUGUUACCAGAGAGCCCAUCAAAAUACACUAGAGGUUUAUCCAAUAUAUCUGAUUCUUCAAGUGAUGAGUGGACUGUAUGCUCCGAAAUUGUCUGCUGUCUGUGGAUUAAUAUUUGUCUUGGGUAGAAUUGUUUAUGCCCUAGGGUACCAGUCUGGAGAUCCAAAGAAGCGUCUUCGUGGAUCAUUUGCCUACUUUGGAAUCCUGGGAAUGCUGGUGUGUUCCAUCAUGUUUGGACUCAACCUCCUUCAAAUCGUAAAAUGGUGAACAAGCGUUUUUGCUGUUACUCAAUCCAUUAACAUGAGACAAUUUAGAACCUUCUUUUUUGAUCAU